UUUGUUAAUGGAGCCAGAAGGAAGUGUAGAGUCAGAGGGUACAGAAAAAUCACUGCUUUUCUCACAGAAAGAAGAAGAAUCCCCAGAACUGGAGGAAGUAAGCAUUGAGAACCCUCUCUUAGAACCUGCUCUCACAGGGGACAUAGAGAGUUUGCAGAAGAUUUUUGAGGAUCCUGAAAAUCCUCAUCAUGAACAUGCCAUGCAGCUACUCUUGGAAGAAGAUAUUGUUGGAAGAAAUUUGUUGUAUGCAGCUUGCAUGGCUGGACAAAGUGAUGUAAUUAGAGCUUUGGCAAAAUAUGGUGUGAAUCUGAAUGAAAAAACUACCAGAGGGUACACACUCUUACACUGCGCUGCAGCCUGGGGUCGUUUGGAAACUUUAAAAGCACUAGUGGAACUGGAUGUUGAUAUAGAAGCUUUAAACUUCCGGGAAGAAAAAGCUCGAGAUGUUGCUGCUCGUUAUUCCCAGGCUAAGUGUGUUGAAUUUCUGGACUGGGCAGAUGCAAGGCUGGCUCUGAAAAGAUAUAUUACAAAGGCCUCUCUAAUCCUUACUGACUCAGAAAAGGGACCAGGAAAGCUCCUGAAGGAAGACAAGAAUGCCAUCCUUAAUGCAAGCCGUGCAAAAAAUGAGUGGCUGGAAACCCAUCCAGAAGCUUCCAUUGAUGAACUCUAUGAGCAGAGACAGCAACUGGAAGAUAUUGUGGCUCCCAUCCUCAUAAAAAUGACCACACCACGUCAAGUGAAAAGUGCCAAGUCUGUAGUCUAA